GCCCCUGAGGUUUUUAGUUUUCAUGAGACUCCUCUCAAGGUUAUUUGUCUUUCUGGAGCCUCUGUUCUCAUCAGGUUGCGUGAUAGGAUGUAUGACAAGUUACCACCAUGCUUGGGUUUCAUUUCAAGCUGUUUUAAGGAAGAGAUGAACAGGAUUCUUUGAAGAGAACAGAAGAUCUCAAUAUGACUUCAGAGGUCACUUAUGCUGAAGUGAGGUUUAAAAAUCAACCCCAGUCCUUAGGCACCAAAUCAGAGCCUCCUGCAGCUCCGAAAGAGAAGACCAACCGUCACAAAAGUCACCCUAGUUUUCCCAAGCUACUUCUUGCCUCAUUGCUGAUACUUCUGCUGCUAUUGGCAAUCUCAUUUUUGAUCGCUUUUAUCUUUUUUUUCCAAAAAUGUUCUUAUAUUCCUAAAGAAAAAAAGACUACAAAAGAAGUCCCUCACACAGUAUUGGAAUGUAUGAAAGAAAAUUCGACCACAGAAGGGAAAGACUGGAGUUGCUGCCCAAAGAAUUGGACGUCAUUUAGUUCUAACUGCUAUUUUAUUUCUACUGAAGAAAAUAUUUGGGAUGAGAGUGAGAAGAGAUGCUCAAGAAUGAAGGCUCACCUGCUGGUGAUCAACACCAAGGAUGAGCAGGAUAUCAUCACCCGGAAACUGAAAAUAAAUUCUGUUUAUUACGUGGGGCUGUCAGACCCAGAGGGGAAAAGACAUUGGCAAUGGGUCGAUCAGACACCAUACAAUGAAAGUGCCACUCCCAGUGUUGAGCUAUUCAGAUGCAGGGGUGAAGUCAGAGUUUCUUCAGUAGGCUUGUGCUCUGCCUAGACCUGUUGUCUUCAAACUGUUUUGCUUGUCAAGCCCCUGAAAGGAUUUUGAAAUGAGGUUAUUAAAUCUAGAGGGGUAGAAAGGGGUUUGUGAUUAAGAUGAGGCACAUAUAAGGCACCUGGGGUAGCUGGCAAAAUUCUGUAUCUUGACCUAAGUGGGAGUUACAAGGAUGUUCAACUUUCAAUAAUUCGUUAAUGUAUACAUGGUUUUUAUACAGUUUUCUCUCUGUAAUAUG